CAGGAGGAGGGGGCGGCGGGGGGUCAGAGGGGGCCUGGAUUGAGCCGACAGGACAGCUCGGACAUCCACACGGACGAGGAGGGCGCCCCCACGCGCCGCCUCACCCCUCUGGAGAGACUGAACCUGGACAUGUGCCAGGACGACAGGGUGGUGCGGGAGCUGACUGUGGGUCGGAGGAUUGGCUUCUACAAGGUCCGAGGAGAGAUCGGCUCCGGAAACUUCUCCCACGUCAAACUCGGCAUCCACGCCCUCACCAAAGACAAGGUAGCCAUCAAGAUCCUGGAUAAGACCAAGCUGGAUCAGAAGACCCAGAGACUGCUGUCCAGAGAGAUCUCCAGCAUGGAGAGACUGCAUCACCCCAACAUCAUACGGCUCUACGAGGUGGUGGAGACGUUGUCACGGUUACACCUGGUGAUGGAGUAUGCGGGCGGAGGGGAGCUCUACUCCAAGAUCACCUCCGAAGGAAAGCUCUCCGACAUCGACAGCAAGAUGGUCUUCUCCCAGAUCCUGUCAGCCGUCAAACACAUGCACGACAACAGCAUCAUCCACCGGGACCUGAAGGCAGAGAACGUGUUCUAUACCUGCAGCACCUGCGUCAAGGUGGGCGACUUUGGCUUCAGCACACUGAGCAGGCGUGACGAGACGCUCAACACGUUCUGUGGCUCCCCCCCCUACGCCGCCCCGGAGCUGUUCCGAGACGAGCGCUACCUGGGCGUGCUGGUGGACGUGUGGGCGCUGGGGGUCAUGCUGUUUUUCAUGGUGACUGGGACCAUGCCGUUCCGGGCCGACACGGUGGCCAAGCUGAAGCGCUGCAUCCUGGACGGAGCCUACCUCGUCCCCCCCUGGGUCCCGGAAGCCUGCCAGCGCCUCAUCCGAGGAAUCCUCCAGCCCCAGCCGUCUGACCGCUGCAGCGUGGAGCAGAUGAUGGCCUGCAAGUGGCUCCUGCCCGUGGAUUUCCCCCGAGCCAUGGAGCCCUUCCAGCUGGAGCCGUCGUACCUGGCGGAGCGCGGGCCGUCAGAGCUGGAGGAGGAGGAGGUGGAGGUGAGGGCUGCACUCCUUAGCCUGGGCAUCACCUCCGAGCACAUCCUCAACAACCAGGGCAAGGACUGCCGGAGCUCCAUCACAGGGGUGUACCGGAUCCUGCUGCACCGGGCCCACAAGCGGCGGGCGGUGGACAGCAUGCCCGUGGUCACGCACGUGGUCGCGGCCAGCGGGACCAAGAAGGACCGGCUGCGGGCAUACCGGAGUCUGAGGCAUACGUCCAAGCUCUGCCUGAUUCUGUGACUGGGCAGGGGACACAUGGGGACAACCAAUCAUAGACCUCGAUGACAACAGGAGUCUCUUGAAAGUGUUCCUGGUGUUUGCACCUGACCUGAUCAGACUUUUCCAGGUAGUUUUGAAUGUUUUCAAGGACAAUGUUCACUCAACAAAACCUUCUUAGCAAGAGCGAUUUAAAUUUGGAUUACAGAAGAUUACGUG